UGCAAAUAUUACUCAUCACAGACGAUAACUUGCUGGCUACCUAUCGUAUUUUUGACCGCACUAAAAGGAUCAAGCAUUCUGCCCGUGGAAAACAACGGAAACCCGUAUAUUCCCCCAGAGAAUCAAAACUGACCACGUCUGCACAUUCCACAAUGAGCAAAGUAACCUUCAAAAUCACGCUAACUUCGGACCCCAAGCUGCCCUUUAAGGUGCUCAGUGUUCCGGAGGGAACUCCCUUUACGGCCGUGCUGAAAUUCGCCUCAGAGGAGUUCAAGGUUCCGGCGGAGACGAGUGCCAUCAUCACGGACGAUGGAAUCGGCAUUAGCCCACAGCAGACUGCUGGAAAUGUGUUCCUAAAGCAUGGAUCCGAGCUGCGACUUAUUCCUAGAGAUCGAGUGGGUCACCAACUAAGCUAGUUCCCCUAAUCCCUUUCUUUUUACCCUUUGAGAUUGUCCCCCUUUUUGAUGCUUAUUAAAUGUUAAACAAUGUAUCCGAUAAUAA